AUGAAUAAUGGAAAAGGCAGCAGCAGCGGUGGUGGUGGUGGUGGAGGAAAGAGCAGUGGCGGUAAUGGAAACGUUGGAGGAGGUAAAAGCGGUGGAGGAGGAGGAGGAGGUUACAUGGUAGCACCGGGGACAGACGGAAGUGCUUACAUCUCAAGAGGUGGGUUUGAGAGUAACCCUCAAGGUUACUUUAGCAACCUGCAUGGUAGUGGACAAAGCAAGAAGUGAGUGAUGAAUACUUGAGUGUUAUACUACAAGCACGACUGCACGAGCUAUCUUCUUUGAUCUAUUCUCUAUUUAAUAAAAUGCAAUGAAGUUCAAAUAAGUAAUGAAUAAAUGAUUUUUUAUCUUUUUAUGAGAUAAUUUGUGUUA